AUGAAUGGGAGGGCUGAUUUUCGAGAGCCAAAUGCAGAAGUUCCAAGACCAAUUCCCCACAUAGGGGCUGAUUACAUUCCAACAGAAGAAGAAAGAAGAGUCUUCGCAGAGUGCAAUGAUGAAAUCUUCCGGUUCAGAUCUGUUCCUUUGGCUGCAACAAGUAUGUUGAUUACUCAAGGAUUAAUUAGUAAAGGAAUCCUUUCAAGUCAUCCCAAAUAUGGUUCCAUCCCUAAACUUAUAUUUGCUUGUAUCAUGGGAUACUUUGCUGGAAAGCCUUCUUAUGUGAAAACUUGCCAAGAGAAGUUCAGAAAUCUUGGGAAUUCCCCUCUGGGAAAAGCUUUACGCUCAGCUUUACAGUCAUGGCGAUCUUCACCAUCUGGGCACUAUUCUCAGAAGUCAAAAUAUGACUCAAAUUUGGGUGGUCAUUCAUCUUUUGUGACAUCUCCAGCAGCAGACAACAUAGAAAAAGCGAUGCUUCCUCAUUAUGAGCCAAUUCCAUUCAGUGCUUCUAUGACUGAAUCUACUCCCACUGGUAUUACUGAUCAUAUUGCUCAAGGACCUGAUCCCAACCCUGAAGAAAGUCCUAAGACAAAAAAUAUUACAUAUGAGGAAUUAAGGAAUAAGAACAGAGAGUCAUAUGAAGUAACUUUAACACAUAAGACUGACCCCUCCGUCAGGCCUAUGCAAGAAAGAAUGCCAAAAAAAGAAGUCAAACUAAACAAAUAUGGAGAUACUUGGGAUGAGUGAAAAAUUGCAUCAUUGGACCUACUGAAGGUGUUUCAAUAUCCAGCUUCAUCUAGGUAGUCAUGAAUAUCUGCAUGCUUUGAGCUCAGCAGCAGUC